AGUCAUAGUGUGUUGUCUAGACAGUGUAGUUGGAACUUUUUGAUGAGAGACGCACAUACUCACGUUAUCUCUCUCUAGCAUGUGGUGAACCGUGCAACACCCUGAAACACUCAUACACACACACACACACACACACACACACCCAUGACACGUAUACAGACUUCAUGCUUCGGAUGAAGACCGAACCUGGGAAUGAAGAAGAAACAAGAAUUAUGUUUAUUGCCUGUUUUAGUUGUGGCCUGUCUAGUGUCCAUAAUGGGUGGUUCACCUCUCCCUAGCCCUAUUCUGAUUGGUCCAGAGAAGGCCUACCUAAACUCCAAGGUAGUGUUCCAAUGUAGGUCACCUGGGUCUCCUCCACCAAACACAUACGAGCUCCUGAAGGACGGCAACCACCUGGUCGCCACGAGCAACGACCUCCAAGACGACCAAUCGGCUACGUUCUUCCUGAAGAUCUCUGUGACGUCAGAAGGAUCGUACCACUGCAGGGUGACAGCAGGUGGAAACAUGGGCCUCAGUGGAACAGUCCGCCUGCAAGUAGUGAUCCCUGUCUCAGGCACUAUGGUGACCUCUGACCCCGAUCCUCCAAUUCUCUACGAAGGGUUGCGGCUCACUCUCACCUGUGAUGUCACCAAGGGCUCCCACCUAUCCUACACCUGGUUCUACAACAGACAGGAAGUGACAUCAUCUCCAACCUCACCUUUGACCCCGCUUCUGCUCUGGCCGGUGGGGAACACGCUGGUGGUGGAGAGGGUCACAACAAAGCAUGCUGGGAAUUAUUCGUGCAUUGCCGGGACCAGGAUGCAGACCAACAGCAGGUUCUCCAGCAGCAGAGAGAUCACGGUCAGGGUCAAAGCCUACCUCUCCGUACCCCAAAUAUCCUUCACCAUCUCCAAAGAGGGUUCGAGUUACCGCGGCAAUGUGACCUGCAGGUCGUCAAGGGGAACCCCUCCAGUGACCUUCUAUCUCUUCCUUGACGACAAGGAGGUGGGUUCCGACGUGGCAACGGAGUCGCUGGUUGCCUGGUUCCCCGUUGCCAUGGUUCCCGGGCGUGACAUGGGCGCGGUGCGGUGUACAGUGGAGAGUGAUGCCCAGAGACUGACCAGCAGACCCCUGACUCUGGUAGUGGUCCCAGUAGGAGGCUCACCAAAGGUGGAUGUGGAGUACCUUUACAGGGUUGAUUCCAAGAUGGUCGCUGCUCGUCUCCAAUGCCUCCUGAGCCUCGGGACAUUCCCUUUCUUCUCCUGGUCCCUCAACGGCUUCCCCCUCCUUCACCCCUCCGAGGGAGACUCCUCUCACCCCUCUCACGCCCUGGCGGAUGGAGGGCGCACCCUAUUCCUCACCGAGAUCACCCUAGAGGACUCUGGGUAUUAUCGGUGCAGGGCAAGGGACAGUUAUGACGUAACGUCCGCCUGGGUGGAAAGCCAACCUGUCCUUGUGCGGGUCACAGAAGUUGCCACGACAACCAUAGAGGUCAUGGCCAUAGUGUUCUGCUGUUUCCUCAUGCUGACCCUGGCAGGGGGUGUGGCCUGUGUGAUGAGGAUGCUCAACCGCCAACGAGGUGUGUGUGUGUUCAGAAUAUGGUCACUGUUCUUAAAUGUGUCACUCUCAGUCUUUCGUUCUCUCUCUCUCUCUCUUCCUCCCCCUCUCUCUCAGACAUUGUUGCAAGCAGCGAGCAGAGAGCGAGAGCGGCAAAUGAAAGACGAUUCAGCGAACAUUUCUGCAUCAUUCCAGAUCCACUUUCUCUGUCUGACAUCACUACCAGGUCAGGGGUCAAGCAAGUGGACACUUCCUGUGUUGACAGUGAUGUUGAGAAUCAGACCCUUGAGAUCACAAUAUAACCGACGUGAUGAAAUAAAACCCAACUUUAGACCGACGGGUUCCUCACAAAAUAAUCCUUCAAUGUAAUUUUAUCCAACAAACUAUUAUAACAUUUUUUUUUCAAACACUUCAGCCCAUUUUUCAGAUUGAAGUGUUAUAUUUUCAAAACUCUUACAACAAAACUCAGAACACUU